UGAUGUUCUUAAGUUAGUUUUUAUUUGUUUGUUUUCGAAGUAACCUUUAUACAUCCAUUCUUGUCUAUUUGGUCAUCUAUGCUGGGACCUUGGGAAACUUGUGAUUCUGUGCCCUCAUUUGACAGAGGGGCAACAGGACAAGACGGUGAAGGGGGUUCCAUACAGUUUCUGAGUCACUUUAUGGCAGAGCCGGAGUUUCCAGCUUUUACUUAGCCACUGAACCAUAUUGGUCAUUGUAAUCUUUGAGACUGAUUUUGAAAAGUCUCGACAGGUUGAUUACUUAACUGUAUUUCUCCUAAAUUUAUCAAUCUCAGUAUGUGAGUAACUUUUAAAAAUACUGAGAACUUCUGAAUUUCAACUUGAAGUUUAAACAUUUUAUCCAGUUAACACAUUAUUUACCGUACUUCCUUCUUCCUGAAAUGUGGUGGUUCUUCAGUUAUAACCAACUCCCUUAGUUCCUGAUGACCGUUCCCUUCUCAGCUGUCACUGUGAGAAUUCUCCAAGGUUGUCCUUUGUUGCCUUGUUACUAUACAAGCACAUUCCCUUGGCUAUUUCAUCUACAAUUAGAGCUCAGCUUCAUGUUUCCAGUUGCAGGUGGAAUAAGACCCCCUCAAGCAGGUCUGAUGCCAAUGCAGCAACAAGGAUUUCCUAUGGUCUCUGUCAUGCAGCCUAAUAUGCAAGGCAUGAUAGGAAUGAAUUACAGCUCUCAAAUGUCCCAAGGACCUAUUGCUAUGCAGGCAGGGAUACCAAUGGGACCAGUGCCAGCGGCAGGAAUGCCUUACCUGGGACAAGCGCCAUUCCUGGGGAUGCGUCCUCCAGGCCCACAGUACACUCCAGACAUGCAGAAGCAGUUUGCCGAAGAGCAGCAAAAACGAUUUGAACAGCAGCAAAAGCUCUUAGAAGAAGAAAGAAAAAGACGUCAGUUUGAAGAACAGAAACAAAAGCUCAGACUUCUGAGUAGUGUGAAACCCAAGAUAGGAGAGAAGAGCAGAGACGAUGCUUUGGAAGCCAUAAAAGGAAACUUGGAUGGGUUUUCCAGAGAUGCUAAGAUGCACCCUACCCCAGCAUCACACCCUAAGAAACCAGAUUAUCCCACAUCAUCUCAUUCUAAAACUGUCUCCCCAUCACCUGCCUUUCUUGAUGAAGAAGAAUUCAGUGACUUUAUGCAGGGGCCUGUUGAAGUUCCCACAUGUGGGCCUUCUUCCACUUCCCAGCCUUUUCAGUCUUUCCAUCCCACCACCCCACUUGGCCAGUUGCAUACACAGAAGGCUGGAGCACAGCCUCUCCCUCCAGGCCCUUCUUUGGAGGAGAAGCUCCUAGUAUCUUGUGAUAUAAGUACAUCUGGGCAAGAACAACUUAAAUUAAAUGCUUCUGAAGUUGGGCACAGAGCCCAAGGCCCAGGUUCCAGUAAGAACCAUCCCAGUUUAACAGCCACUAUCAGGGGUGCUGUAGAUGGACGUGUAAGUGGCACCACCACUGCAGAGGCAGAAAAGACUUCCGAACAAAACCUGCCUGUUGAAGAGAGUGGUGUGGGAGUAUUUCCCUCACAGGAUCCUGUGCAGCCCAGAAUGCCAACUUGGAUUUGCAAUGAGAGUUUGGUUCCAGAUGCCUAUAAGAAAAUCUUGGAAACCACAAUGACUCCAACUGGAAUCGAUACUGCAAAACUUUAUCCCAUUCUGAUGUCAUCUGGACUUCCCAGGGAAACUCUUGGACAGAUAUGGGCCUUAGCUAAUCGAACCACACCUGGCAAACUUACUAAAGAAGAACUUUAUACUGUUCUCGCCAUGAUAGCAGUAACACAGAGGGGUGUUCCUGCCAUAAGUCCUGAUGCUUUAAACCAGUUCCCAGCAGCUCCUGUUCCAACUUUAAGUGGCUUUCCCAUGACUUUGCCUACUGCAGUGAGUCAGCCCACUGGGAUGCCUUCAGGCCCUGCAGGCUCCAUGCCCCUCAACCUCGGACAACCAGUCAUGGGCAUUAACCUUGUUGGACCAGUGGGGGGAGCUGCAGCCCAGGCCUCCAGUGGUUUCAUGCCAACUUACCCUGCAAAUCAGGUGGUAAAACCAGAAGAAGAUGACUUCCAAGAUUUUCAAGAUGCUUCUAAGCCAGGAUCCCUUGAUGACUCAUUCAGUGAUUUCCAAGAGUUGUCUGCUUCUUCAAAAACAAGUAAUUCCCAGCAUGGAAACAGUGCCCCUUCUUUGUUGAUGCCACUUUCUGGAACUAAAGCAUCAGCUUCAAUGGAUAAAUAUGCUGUGUUUAAAGGAAUUGCAACUGACAAGCCCUCUGAAAAUACUGUUCCAUUUGGAGAGCCUGGUGAUAAAUAUAGUGCUUUCAGGGAACUUGAACAGACAGCAGAGAGUAAAUCUUCAGGAGAAAACUUCGCAGAAUUCAGAGCUGCAGGGACUGAUGAUGGUUUCACCGAUUUUAAAACUGCCGACAGUAUAUCACCACUAGAGCCACCAACAAAAGACAAAACUUUCCCAGCCACCUUCCCCUCAGGAGCUAUACAGCAGAAACCACAAGCACAAGUGAAAACUCCUCUGAACUUAGCAGAUUUAGAUAUGUUUUCAUCAGUUAAUUGCAGCAGUGAGAAACUGUUGUCUUUUUCACCUGCAUUUAGUGCAUCAAAAUCUGUUUCUACACGAGCACAGUCAAUAGGAUCGGCUGCAGCCACGCCGGCGUUGGCAGCAACUAAAUCUUCUAGUUUGGCUGAUGAUUUUGGAGAAUUCAACCUUUUUGGGGAAUAUUCUAGUCCAGCAUCUGUUGGGGAGCAGGAUGACUUUGCAGAUUUUAUUGCUUUCAGUAAUAGCUCCGUUUCAUCUGAGCAAAAGGCAGAAGACAAAUAUGAUGCCCUUAAAGAGGAAGCUAGUCCUGUUGCUCUAACCAGCAGCUCAAGCAACAUAGUGAAGAGUGGACAAAACUCAGCUGCUGCAUCCACCAAAUACGAUGUCUUCAAACAGCUUUCUCUGGAAGGAUCUGGGCUAGGCACUGAAGAACUGAAAGAUAACACGCCUUCAGGAAAAAGUGAUGAUGAUUUUGCCGAUUUCCACUCCAGUAAAUUUUCCUGCAUGAACUCAGACAAAUCCCUGGGAGAGAAAGCAGUGGCUUUCAGGCACACCAAAGAAGACUCUGCUUCGGUGAAGUCCUUGGAUCUCCCUUCCAUUGGUGGCAGUAGUGUUGGCAAGGAGGACUCUGAAGAUGCACUCUCUGUGCAGUUUGACAUGAAACUGGCUGAUGUGGGAGGAGAUCUUAAACAUGUCAUGUCUGAUAGCUCUUUGGAUUUACCAACAGUUAGUGGCCAGCAUCCUCCUGCUGCAGAUAUAGAGGACUUAAAAUAUGCUGCUUUUGGAACCUACAGUAGCAAUUUUGCAGUGAGCACACUUACGAGCUAUGACUGGUCAGACAGGGAUGAUGCAUCUCAGGGCAGAAAACUCUCUCCGUUUGUCCUCUCAGCAGGAAGCAGAUCCUCCUCAGCUGCCUCAGUUCUUCAAAAGAAAGAGACUUCGUUUGGCAGUUCUGAAAACAUCACCAUGACGUCUUUGUCCAAAGGCUCAACCUUCACCGGUGAAGAUGCUCUUCCAGAGACCUCUUUCCCAGCUUUUGCCAGUUUUAAAGAUGUGGUCCCUCAGACCAGUGAGCAAAGGGAAAGUGAAAGCAGGGACUGUAAAGAGUUCACAAGACAGGACCUGCCUGCCGCCGAGUGGAGCCAAGAGGCCGCGUGUCCAAGCCCAGCUUCCAGCGGCACUUCUCACGACACCCCCAAAGAAUGCUCAGAUGACUUUGGAGAGUUUCAAAGUGAAAAGCCCAAAAUCAGCAAAUUUGACUUCUUAGUGGCCAAUUCACAAAGCAAAAUGAAAUCCAGUGAAGAAAUGAUCAAAAGUGAGCUGGCAACCUUUGACCUUUCUGUGCAAGGAUCACACAAGAGGAGUUUGAGCCUUGGUGAUAAAGAAAUAAGCCGUUCUUCUCCUUCUCCGGCUCUGGAGCAGCCUUUCAGGGACCGUUCCAACACUCUGAGUGAGAAGCCCGCUCUGCCUGUCAUCCGUGACAAGUACAAAGAUCUGACAGGAGAGGUGGAGGAGAAUGAGAGAUAUGCCUAUGAAUGGCAGCGAUGCCUGGGGAGCGCCCUAGAAGUCAUUAAGAAAGCAAAUGACACCUUAAAUGGAAUCAGUAGUAGUUCUGUGUGCACAGAAGUUAUCCAGUCAGCUCAAGGCAUGGAAUAUUUAUUAGGUGUCGUGGAGGUGUACAGGGUGACCAAACGUGUGGAGCUGGGGAUCAAAGCCACUGCAGUGUGUAGUGAGAAGCUGCAGCAGUUGCUUAAGGACAUCGAUAAAGUGUGGAAUAACCUGAUCGGCUUCAUGUCGCUCGCCACACUCACGCCCGAUGAAAAUUCACUGGACUUUUCCUCUUGUAUGCUGCGGCCUGGUAUUAAAAAUGCUCAGGAACUUGCUUGUGGGGUGUGCCUGUUAAACGUGGACUCCAGGAGCCGGAAAGAAGAGAAGCCUGCAGAGGAACAUCCUAAAAAAAGCGUUCAACUCGGAGACAGACAGCUUCAAGCUGGCGUACGGAGGACACCAGUAUCACGCCAGCUGUGCCAACUUCUGGAUCAACUGUGUUGAACCCAAACCUCCUGGCCUCAUCCUGCCUGACUUGCUCUGAAAAGCUCCUCUACUACGAAGUACCAGCUGGGUUUUUUUCUGGGGUGGGGGGCGGUUUAGGGGGGGUCACACCCAUGCGUGACAGGGACCAAUGAACAGAAUGCAAGUACUGCAAAGUUCACCUCUGUUUUAUAUAGAAUUCCCCAACGGUGUGGGUGUGAAAACAGCUGCAGUAGCUUUCAGUCAUUCUUACAGGUGACCUUUGUCCCCUGGGUCCCGCUGCCAGUCUUUGGGAUUUGUAGUAAACUGCCAUACCCAAACUGCAUGUAGGACCCGGGGGACAAAGGUCAUCUGCAGUUUGCUAACUUACCUCUAGUUCUCCUAAGGUGUUUUAAAAUAGGGACCACAACUUUCUUUAUCUAAGGAAUAAUUUGCUGCUGCAGUAUUGAAACUGUGAAGAACUGAUAUUUGAAGAAAUUAAAUUAUUGUUGUAGGAUUGGAAUUGGCUAGAAUGCUGAGCCAUUGCUUAUUUAUAUCUAGAACACGUACUGUCUUGUGAAGUAGGGUGCACUUAUCCCCAUUUAGUGUAUGCAUAUCUGAAAUGAAUAAAGAAGGAAAAUUGUGAUUAAAAUGUUCUUUUUACAGAAAGAAUUCUGUCCCUCUCCAUUGAACAGUGAUAGGUAAGGGCAGACUUCCUAACUUUGCUGAUGCAGCUGAACCAGUUAGUUCUCUGCUCUCUUCCUUCGUUUCUAAAACUGUCAACUUUCAAGACUUUUCAUCCUAACAGACCUGAGUACUGAGCCAUGGAGGAUUUUCGUUUGGACAGAGGCCCAAAUCCUUGAGUAUCAAGAUGAAUAUCCUUCCCCUUAAGGGGCCUUCGCUGAAAACCUUCUGUUUUGCCCUCACACGCAGGCUGUGGGCUGGGUGCUGUUUUCAGGCCAUUUGGAAAGACAGCUGAAGGAAGUCUCUUCGCGGCGGCCUCUGUCCAGACUUCCAAAAAUGACUGACUGCACAGGUACCAGGAUUGCCUGCCUUAGCAGCAUCUCUAUGAGAGACCUGAAAAUUCAGGCUUGGGAGGCAGAGUUCCUUGCCUAGUGAGGGCAAAUAGUAUGAUGUGUUUAUGGAAAGGUUACAGAACUUAGAAGCAGUGGAAGAAAAUGUUCAGAAAGAGCACUGAGUUUUAGAAGGAAAAGGCUCAUGCCUCUGUAGGGAAUUUUGCCCCCAAGCUACAUGCAUGAAAUCAGGGGGAAGCCACUGGGGGAAGACGGUGUUGUUCCUGGGGAGAACGUGCCCGUGUAGGACACGCAUUUCUAUGAAUGGUUAGUCGUGUGCUUUGUGAAGAGAUUCUGAAUCUAAUGUUUCAUUUUGUAUGACUUAUGCUCUCUGACCUAGGCUGUUUUUAUCUGUGAACUAAAAAAUUUGGUUUUGCCUAUAAAAUUGCUGCUUUGCAUAAUUAAUAGAUCCCCUUCCCUUCUCAGGACAAAACUUUAGGGAAGUGUUUUAUUCUGUUACAACCUUUUACCCCCAUCUUCUCC